AUGAGGGAGCUGGCCGGGAGCCCCGGGUCGUGCAGCGGCCUGGCGCUGCGGCUGGGCCAGUUCCUCUUCGCCGCCGGGUCCGUCUGCGUCAUGGCCUCCGCGGUCGGCUUCGCCAACUACACCGCCUUCUGCUACUUGAUUGCGUCAAUGGGACUACAAGCACUCUGGAGCUUAGGACUUGCGUGUCUUGAUGGCUAUGCUUUGAGAAUGAAAAAAGAUCUCCAGAGUUCUGUUCUUGUGAGCUUAUUUGUUGUUGGCGAUUGGGUAACGUCGAUCCUUUCGUUCGCUGCUUCAUGCUCUGCAGGAGGUGUUGUUGUUCUCUUCGAUAGGGAUGCAUUCUUCUGCAGCAGGGAUCCACACCUCCCCUGUGGGGCAUUUGAGCUCGCCACAGCGUUUGCUUUCCUUUCUUGGGCGCUUAGCGCUACAUCUGCCCUUGUAAUGUUUUGGCUCCUCGCUUCACCUUGAAUAGGUCUGUAUGAAGCUCCAUGUGUGCCUAGUGCUGUUUGGUCCAUCCGGUUGUAUACCAACUGUUUUUCGAAGCAGACUACAUAGAAAAAGACUGCAUAUUUCAGAGAUGUGCAACGGCGGCAAGUUUCAUGAACUCUUAUCUCUCCAGGAAUUAAGUGAAUGGAACAUGGGUGGGGAAACUGUGCUUGCAGUGCUAAAACAUAUAUGCCUUGCUUCAAGCUUCGAAAUGAGUAAAUCUUUGUCAUGCUUCGAUGUAAAGGCAAAAGAUAAACUGGUUCCUAAUAUGUA